CAUAAAUAUAACUCUACCAACAUAAAGAACCGAAAUAAUGAAGCUGACAUCCUUCCUCCUCGCCAGUCUCCUGCCAGCUGCAAUCCUCGCAACCCCAACCCCCGAAGCCGAUCCGGAACCCGAGGCUGAUCUCGAAAGCCGGCAGAGCACCGUCGGCUCCGUCUCAUGCAACCUGUUCGCGAAAGUGAACAGCAAGAAUGUACCCGCGGGUUGUGCACCCGUCACCGGCUCGUUCAACAAGGGUAGUAAGGUGACUUUUACCUGUCAGGUCUUCACCGAUGAAACAUGGUUGAGGACUGGACCCUCGGGCUCUUCUUUUGUGCGGCGGCUGGAUCAGGGAGUUGUUCCGUGCGCGGGAUUUUUUUGGAAAAGUGGCUGA